GGUAAGCCCCUCGAUUCCGCAUUCCCUACUUUGGAUGACAGCCAAGCGGUGCCGGUGUAUUUAAGGGCAGACCGCUUUUCGAACUUUCUCCAUUAACGCCUCUUGCUCUUGGCCAUUACUUUUCGCGCCUCCGCCACAACGUCUAAACCUAGAUCUUGGUUCAUUAUGCAUGGUACCCCACGCACCUAUUCCUAUGAUGAUCAGGGAAUCGGAUAUUCACAAAACAAUGCGACCCAUAGUGGGUCCAACUAUCCAUACACUCAACAAAUUUUCCAUGAACAAAACAGCGGCCAUUAUUAUCCUUCUACAAGCCAGAUUACUGGUGCAAUGGCCCAUGGUCACUCCGACCCCCGAUAUAGCCGUUCUACAACACCUGCUCCCGGAAUGGGAAACCGCUAUGGACGACACCCAACGGAUCCCAGGUACUACCAAGGCUCAUCAGGAACGAUAGCCUCGUCAUCACACAACGGAAACGAUUCUCCCUCGGCUCCCUUGUUUAACAUCCACCAGUAUCCUUCCUCUCAGAAUCCUUCUGGCCAUCGUAGUCGAUUCAUUCCUACUCCUUCAGACAUCGUUCACGCUUAUAGCAAUUAUCCGGGGUCCAUUUCAGACCAACAUAUCUCCCAGUCGCCCUCGACGUACUCUACUCCGGGACAUCACUCCCGUCAUCAUCGUCAAACUUCGACGAGUCCCAUCCUGAGCAGCAGUCGAGCCGCUCCUGUACGCGCCUCUUACGGGUCUGCCACAUCCCCCAGCAAUGAGCGCUAUCCAUGCGAGAUCUGCGGUAAGACUUUCUCUCGAUCUCACGACCGCAAGAGGCACCACGAAACGCAGCACAUCGCGAGCCCUGUUCUGCACCGCUGUCGCUACUGUCGCAAGGAAUUCAGCAGAGCUGACUCACUGAAAAGGCAUCUCGAUAAUGGAUGCGAUGAAAUGCCCGCUAACUCGAAUAAAUGAUGCUUUCCAAGUCAAUUUCGAGCUCAUCGACCGAACGCCCCGAGGACGAAGAGGACGGUAUAACUCUCGGCUAGUGCGCGUACAGAUCUUGGACAAUGCCGUGCUAUAC